CCGAUGGGGUUGAGUUCGCAGCUCUGGAUUAUGCGCUAGACUGCCGAGAGUUACAUGGAUGAAAGUGUGAUUGGGAAUACUUUGGGAAUACGCGGAAUUAACGCCUCGGAGAGGAGUCUGCAGUGGGGCUGCUGUAAUUGUGUGUUGAUCUAGGUGAAAUUUGAUUUGAGACUGAGGUUGAGUUUCUCAGAUCGCAGUUUCCGAUUGUGUGUGAGCAUAGAUUUGUUUUCAUGUGUGUCCGUAUUAUCUGAUCCAACCGUGACUGGGCGGCGCUUGAGGGUGGAGCUCCAGUGAGGGGCACAAAUCUACAGGCUGCAGCCUCUCAAACAUGAGCAAACUGACUUUCCACAAUAACAAGAUGAUGCAGGACCGCCGGUGUGUGUGUGUGUUCCUCCCGAAUGAUGAAACGCUCAACGUAAUAGUCAGUGUUAAGACCGUGUGUCAGGAGUUGUUGGUGCAGGUCUGUGAUCUGCUCAGGUUAAAGGACUGCCAUCUGUUUGGCCUCAGUGUUAUUCAGAACAAUGAACACAUAUACAUGGAACUGGGACAGAAACUGUCGAAAUACUGCCCAAAAGAGUGGAAACGGGAAGCCAGCAAGGGAAUUGACCAGUUUGGACCUCCAAUGAUUGUUCACUUCAGAGCACAGUAUUAUGUUGAAAAUGGCAGACUUAUCAGUGACCGCGUUGCACGGUAUUAUUAUUACUGGCACUUGCGGAAGCAGGUCCUGCAGUCUCAGUGCAUCCAGAGAGAGGAGGCUUAUUUCCUUCUGGCUGCGUUCGCACUUCAGGCUGACCUGGGAAACUUCAAACGGAACAAACACUUUGGUGCCUAUUUCCAGCCGGAAGCUUAUUUUCCCUCCUGGGUAAUCGCAAAGAGAGGAUGUGACUAUAUUCUCCGCCAUAUUCCCAACAUGCACAAAGAGCAGUUUGCUUGUACAGCAUCAGAGGCUCAGCUGAAGUACAUAAAGGAAGCAGCGCUCUUGGAUGACGUGGCUGUUCAUUAUUACCGCCUUUACAAGGAUAAAAAAGAGCUGGAUGCCUCUUUAACUCUGGGACUGACCUUACGUGGGAUUCAGAUUUUUCAGAAUGUGGGAACAGUCAGGCAACUCUUGUACGAUUUUCCUUGGACCAAUGUAGGAAAGCUGGUGUUUGUGGGUAAGAGGUUUGAGAUUCUCCCUGAUGGUUUGCCGUCUGCCAGGAAGCUGAUCUACUACACAGGCUGUCCUCUGCGCUCUCGACACCUCCUGCAGCUGCUCAGCAACAGCCACCGACUGUACAUGAACCUGCAGCCUGUGCUCAAACAGGUGCGGCGGCUGGAGGAAAAUGAAGAAAAGAAGCAGUACCGGGAGUCGUAUAUCAGUGAUGCUCUGGAGGCGGACAUGGAUCAUUUGGAGCAGCGUUCGCGUGCCAGCGGCAGCAGUGCGGGAAGCACAUCACGACCCAAUCCCUUUUCACGGCACUCCACCACCAGUCAUGGCAGCUCCCGCACAUCCGGCGUCGACACAGACAGUUUCCGGACCCCUACAAACACACCCCACCGUCCGCUGAGAACACACUCGUCUUCCAACACCAGUCAUGCCAGCACACACACGUCUGGCAUCGAGAGCAGCAGCAAAGAGCACUGCCUGGAUGAAGACGAGAUCGAGAUGUUGGUUGAUGAUCCUAAAAGUUGUGAAGAUCUUGAUGAUUUGGAGCUCAGCCAGGAAUUGUGCAUCCACAUCACAGAGGACAUGCUGUCAGCACAGAACAACGGAUGCUCCGGGCUAGUGGUGAAGGAAGUCAGCUCCUCCACAUCCAGCUCAUCGGAGACUGUAGUGAGAAUGAGAGGCCAGAGCAUCGAAUGUCUUCCUCAGACGACGAUGGGCAGGAAGGUUCAGAGCUCCACAGACCGGCACAGCCAAUCACUGGAUGAUGUUCGCCUCUUCCAGAGGGACUGUCAGGAGUGGGCAGAGCUCUGCCAGGACACCGCACACAGCUAUACGUUCGGCUGCGAGCCAGACCUCGGCGGAACGGUCGGCUGUGGAUAUCAGGGACUUGCGGAUCAGUGCGCUGGCAUCCGAAAUAACCAGCACCCAUUCCCCAUCAAGAGAACCAGCAAGUAUUUCUCUCUGGAUCUAGACCGAGAAGAUCUGACCACUGGCCACCUGACCACAGAAGCAGAACCAGAGUUUGUGGUGUAAGGCAGAGAGAAUUGUAAAAGUGCCCCAGAACAAAUGAAGGGAUGGGAAAAUGCGGAAAUCGUGUGAUUAUCUACUCACGCUUAUGUCAUUCUAGAGACCUUCCUAAAUUGAUUUUCUUUCUGGAACACAAAAGAUUUUCUGACGGCUGUGCCGGUUGCAUUUUUCAAUGCUGUUACAAUAAAAAAAA